GUGCAUAACCUGGUCAUGUUCCUCCCAUGGCUCUUUGGCCAGUCACUGAAGAGGGAGACGGGCGGACGUCUGCAGCGGAUCAACAUGAAAACAACUCUGAUCUACUUGUUGGUUCUCACCGGCGCUUGUCUCCCCGUUCAGUGCGGUAAAGAAGUCCAGCCCGGCCCCCAGCCCAGCCCGCAGCCCAACGCUUCUCCUGAAAGCACCCGCUCGCACUUUGCAGGUCUGGAUGAUGUGCGUCUCCUGGCCAACGGCCUCCUCCAGCUUGGCCAGAGCCUGCGGGAUUUUGUUCACAAGACCAAGGGACAGAUCAACGAUAUCUUCCAGAAGCUCAACAUCUUUGACCGUUCCUUCUACCAACUUUCUGUGCUGGCCAGUGAAAUCAAGGAGGAAGAAGAGGAGCUGAAGAAGACGGCGGUGGUGCUGAAAGCUAACAACGAAGAGAUUCGGGGCAUAUCCGUUCAAAUCAACUCCAGGGUGGACAGCAUCAUGUCUGAGAAGAGCUCGUUGCGGAACCAAGUGGACGGCCUGGAAGAGAAGCUGAGGAGUCUGUUGAGCGGCGGCGACCGAGCAGGAGAGAUCAGCGGUCUUCGGGGAGUGAUCGACGGCCAGGAGCAAAGCAUCACCAAGCUUCUGAAAGCUGUCAAGGAGCAAAAUGAUCAACUCAACUACCAAAGGAAUAAGCUCAAGAGUCUGGAAGAAAAGCUUACAGCCAGUACAUUAGCCCAAGACACAAUGGAAAGGAUUCCCCAAUCCUUCAACAGCGACAUGCCGACACUCAGCCCGUAUCUCGUCUCAGACUCCAGCCAGACAAGCGCAGAUGCCGAUCUACCGUCUGACUGCAAUGACGUGUUCAACAGAGGUGAGAAAACCAGUCGAGUGUACGCCAUUAGACCCAACGGAUCGCAACCCUUCAAGGUGUUUUGUGACAUGAGCGCAGAUCAUGGAGCGACAGUAAUCCAGCGAAGGAAGGACGGAUCUGUCAACUUUGAUCAAACCUGGGAGAAAUAUGAAAAUGGAUUUGGAGAUUUUCACGGGGAAUUUUGGCUGGGUCUCAGCAAGAUUCACUCACUGCUUGCUCAGGGCAACUCCAUCCUUCACAUGCAUCUGGAAGACUGGAAGCAUAACAAGCGCUUCAUGGAAUACACGUGCGACCUCGGCGGUCCGGAGAGCAACUACACCCUCGGCCUCAAGCUAUUGUCCGGAGAUCUGAGCGACUUCAUGAAGAACCGCACGGGUUUGAUGUUCUCCACUAAGGACAGGGACAAUGACAAGAACCGGGACCCCAACUGUGCCCGCAACUACACGGGCGGUUGGUGGUUCAAUAGCUGCGGGGACACCAACUUGAACGGGAGGUACUUCCUGGUGAGACACAAGGGACGUUCGGAUCGCAGAAGAGGGAUCCAUUUGAAGCCGGGUCGAAAAGCUUCCUAUUGGCUUCGCUUCACGCAGCUAGCGCUCCGACCGUUGGGCGAGUCUUGGUCGUCAUCGGAGACGGGCGGCUUUCUCGCAAACAGCCGCUGAAUAGGAAAGGGUACAGCAACUAAUGUGGAGAGGCCUUUUCAAAAACGUGCAGCCAUCAUUUGAGAAGGCAUUGAAGGGACCGUCCCAUCCGUGAUGAUUCGAGUCACUUCCACAGGACCAAAGUUUAGAGCAGCAGCUAGCGCUAGGUCAGAAAACACACACAUCCUAAACUAGGCUAACAAAUGUAUAUUUGAAUUGAAUAUGUUGUUCUGAUGAUUACAAUAUGGUGCAUAAUACUGCAUCUAUAGAUAGACUCAGAAUUUGCGUAGCUUUUAUUAUGAGGUGGAUUUUAAUUCCAGAUGGAAUAAAAAGACAAACUAUU